UUUCAGUAUUAUUCAAUAUUUUCUUAUAAAAUUGAAAUAAAUGAAUAAAAAAAAAAUGAAUUCAUUAUAUAUAAAAAGCAAUUUUAUUUUUAGUUGGCUGGAUUAUCAACUAAGUUAAUAAGCAUGUAUCAUUUGAUUCCGUCUAAUAUCCGAGAACAGAAGUGGCAAGAAUUCUUACAGGAUCAAUUACAGGAGCAUCGAAUUGCUCAUAUUCGUGAAGAAAUUAUUAAUAUAGCAAUCGCAAAUGGACCUGAGAAAAAUCAUUUUGAAAAGAAAUUGUUCAAAUUUAAUAGUCAAUGUGCCCGUAUAGUUUGGCUUCGCUUAUUCAAUGCGAGUAUUGAUUUUCUAAAUUUUUCUAAAUUCCUUUAUUUUGUUUGCUUUCUGCUUAUUUAUUUUCUAGUGGGUGUUCUCAACAUUAGAUUCUUAUCAGAUACAUUACAUAACUGGAAAAGCAAUACAUUUGAUUGUUGAUAUUGAACCGCAAUCUUUGCCAAUGGAUUCUUGGAUAUUUAAAAAUGUUUCGCAAAUUUUAACUCAAAAACCAUCUCCACAGACACUUAUUUCUCCAUUGUUCCCAUCAAUAACUUCUAUAAAACUUUCAAAUCAUUAUGUUGACAAAAAGAAACAGCAUCAAAUAAAAUCAAAACAUAUUAACAAAGAAAAAUUGAAACCAAACAAUAAAGAAAAAAUAACAUCUUUCAAAGCAAAAAAAUUGCAUGAUAUAAUUCAUGAAAUGAAAAAAACAAAUCGUUAUUUAAAAAAAAAUAUCUAUUCUUUAUCUUUGCACGAACAACAUAUCAUAAAUAGUCCAACAGGAAAUAAAAAUAAGUCAAAUAAUAUUGAAAAGAAUAAAAUAAAUAUUUUUGAAAAAAAUUUGAAAUACAAUAGAAACAAUAACAAUCAUAAGAGUAAUUUUAACAGCAAUCCUAAAAGUAAACAGAAAAAUAUAACAGAUAUUUUUCGAUUAUCAAAAAAUUUACAACAAAAUGAAACAACUACAGUAUAUGAUAAAGAAACAAUGCAAUUUCAACCAUUAUCAAAUAGGGUAGAAAUCUUGUAUACAAUUUUACCAGAUCAUAUCGAACAACUUGAGUCAAACAAUUCUAUAAAAUGAAUUAAAUAAUUUUAUGUAUACAGGUAAGAUAUUUUUUACUUUUUUAUUUAUUGUUAAAAUUACAAAUUAAAAUUCAUAUCACAUAUAAUCAAUAAUAAAUUGAAAAAAAAUUUGAAUAUUUGUAGAUACAUAAGAUUAUGAUAAAAGAAUAUAAAUAUAAUAUCCAAUAAGAAUAUUUUAUUACAAGUUUUUAAAAAAUUUAUACUUCAGUUUUUAAAUUUAUAAUUUAAAAAGUCGAAUAUACAGGAUAAUUUAAAUAAAUUUAAAUUGAAAAAUGAGGAAAAUGAAUAAAAACAAUGUCAAAUAUAAUUUUAAAAAUUUCUAUUUUUGUUAUUUCACUUUCUGCCAUUUUUUUUAAGCAAAUAAUAUUUAACGAUAUAUUAAGUAUAAAAAAAAUUAAAUAUAUGCACACACACACGUGCAAAUAUGCGCACUCUUUUUUCCACGUUAUACUUCUGUCCUUAACGAAGUACAAAAAAUAUAUAACUGUGUCUUAUAUUCUGAAUACUCCUAUAUAACAAAAUGAAUCACGAACAUCGUGCGUUCUUUCUUCUUUUCUUGGUUUUUGUUGUUAUCUUAGCAAGUGCAAAAAAAUCAUAUUUUUUAUAACUAUUUUUUAAUCUACGAAAUUCGUAUAAACAAUCUAUUCUUUUCAAAUUGUAACACAUUCGAUCCAAUAUUUCAAUUUUUAUCAUUUCAAUUGCUUUUGGGGUAAACAUUGUUUGAAAAAUUCUAACGCUGAUCAGUCUUAUAAAGUUA